AUGUCGCAGGUUGCCGACCAAGACUGGAGCACCACGCCAGCAGGCACUGCCCCCGACGGCCAAAUCAGCAAUCUCAUCGACUCGCCCUCGCUCGGCUACCAGGUCACCGCCUCCAAUGUCGUCUGCGUCGUGCUCGUCGUCUUGACCGUGGGCCUGAGGUUCUAUACCCGCAUGCACAUCGUCAGAGGGCUGGGAGUCGAUGACUAUGCAUUGCUUGUGGCUGUCGUGUUUUGGGCCCUUCUUGUAGCCGUUCUUCAGGUUCUGCUCAAAUACGGCCUCGGCCGCCAUGUUUGGAACAUCAGCCUCGCAGAUUUCUCACCCCACUUUCUCCUUGGCCGCGUUCUGGCCGCAGUCUUUUACACGGCGUCAAUGUUUUUCGUCAAGGUCUCUUUGCUGUUGCUAUAUCGGCGUGUGUUUGACGUGUACCGAUUUUACAAGCGCUGGUGGUUCGUAAUGGCUUAUACGAUUGCCCAUACCCUAACCGCCAUUCUGUUGAGUUUUUUUGCUUGCUGGACCCCUGCUGCGCAGUGGGACCUACACAUACAAUACCGAAAAUGCAUUACUCCCAAAACCUUAAUAGCAAUCCCUAUCUUCCACUGUGUUAAUGAUCUCCUCAUACUAAGUCUACCGGUACCGUUGAUAUGGACAUUGAACCUCGGCCCAAAACGGAAGAUGCAAGUCUUUACCGUCUUUGCCUUGGGAUCUGCAUCCUGCAUCGUCAGCAUCCUCCGCCUCUACCCAAUACACAAACUCGUCCGCCAGCCGCGCUACGGGGACGUGACGUGGGACUGGACCCCCGUUGCAAUUUGGACCCAAGCCGAACUCACCUUCUGCAUCAUCUGCGCCUGCGUCCCCAUCCUCAAGCCCUUCCUGUCGCGGCACUUCCCGACCCUCUUCCCCAACAACACCAACAACAACGACGACGGCGACGACAACAACCUCGACACGGCCUUCGAGUCCCCCGGCCUCUCCACCACGAUCCGCUUCCCGGCCAUGCACCACCACCAACAGCAGCAGCAACAACAACAACAACUCCAGCUCCAACACCAACUCCAGCUCCAACAACAAGCACAAGAACAACAAGCGCAAAACCAACACCACCCUUAUCCUCACCUCCAUCCCCAGCACGGCGCCGCACUCGGAACCCCAGCCGCGAACGGCGGAAACGGCCUCCUCACCCCCCACGGCCACGGCGGUAAUGCCACCGCCAACGCCGUCACCCGCAAGGCCUCGACCUGGACCAUCGGCCGCAUGUCGACGCGGCGCCGCGUGUGGGGCCUGUGGGGCCGGUGGGGCGCGUCGGUCGCGGACGUCGAGAUGGGGCUGCAUAAUGGCGGCGGCGGAGGAUACAACAGCAGCAGUGAUGAUUUUAGUCGGCGGGGGAGCGGGGCGGCGACGGGAGGGGCGGGAGGGCGGCGGUUCAGUAGUAGGGAGGGAGGAGGAGGAGGGAUUGAUCAGGGGGUGGAUGAGGAGGGUCGUCGGCGGCGUGGGAGCGCGCGCAGUGGUGGUGGUGGUGGUGGUGGGAGGAAUGCGAGGGAUGGUGGUGAUGACGACUACGACGAUGACGAUGACCGUCGUGGUAUUGGCGGUGGUGGUUCUGACGACGACGACGACGACGCCAUGGUGGGGAAGAAAAAAGCCGCUGCUGCCGCCGCCGCUGCCGCCGCCGCCGCCGCGAUCCAGGAAGAGACGGGGAGCGCCAACGACCUGAGCCGGUACAAGGAGUGUGCGAUCGUCGGCGGCGGCGGCGGCUGCAGCACGGACGCCGGCACCGGCAGCGGCCCCGCGAGCGAGCCGCGGAGCAGCACCGUCAUCGCGUCCGAGGGCGUGUGCAGCUUCAUCGAGAGGGCCCUCGAGAACGACACUUCGUCCGAAUCCAGGUUCGGCCUGGAUAGUACGCCCGCGCCGCCGGGGCCGCCGCGGGUGGAGGGUGCUGGUGGUGGCAAUAUGGAACCCGGCGCGAAGGAUUAG